CAGAACAUCAGGAUGAGGACAAAGCAGCAACACUUAAAGUCUUAAAAGUUUUUUAAAGUUGAUAUAUUUGGAGAAAUGGCUACAGUUGGACAGAUUAUUUUUUACAGCAUGGUGACCCUGAUUGUCAUCUUAGCAGCCCUCAUCAUCCUCAUCCUGUCCUUGACCUUCUCCAAAACCACAGUCAAGGUGAUGAGCAGUAACACCAAACCCGUCGCAAACCUGGGUGAGGACCAGAUUCUCAGCUGCUACAUUGAUGCAGAAAUUGAAGCAAACAGCCUGAGAGAGGUGUUGGUCAUCUGGGAGAUGACAGUUUAUCGCUACGAGAAUGGAGCUCCUGCUCUGGAUAAACAACAUCCCCAGUUCAAAGGCAGAGCUCAGGUCUUCCCUGAUGCUGUAGCCACAGGUAAUGCCUUUCUGCUGCUGCAGGGUGUGAGAAGUAGUGAUGAAGGAGAGUACACCUGCAGCAUUAGCUCCUCUGUGGGCCAAGGCAACGUCACCAUCCAGCUCCGAACUGCAGUGUUUUCGGCCCCAACUCUGGAGUUCUCAGAAAACACCUUGACCUCCAAGGCGAGCAGCUGGUUCCCUAAACCUAACGUCACAUGGCUGAACCAAACUGGGGAUAAACUGAAUGCAAGCACAAGUUUCACAGAAGUAUCAGCUGAAAGAUACCGUGUCCUGAGCAAGCUGCCGUCAGCACGGGUCAACGAGAGCUACAGCUGCAGGAUUGAAAACAGUUUAGUGGUGGCGGUCACCGAAGCAACUAUAACAGGUACUGGUGUUUUGGGAAGGACAUUCUUCACCUUCAGCAUUGCUUCAACCCUGCUGGUAUCAUUUAAUCUCAAUCUAAUAACUAGUGUCCUGUGUAUCUUUUUUGUGGUCUAGUGGCAUGAAACCAUAUAUUAUGUCAUUAUAGUUUACUGUCUAUGUCUUGGAUAAUUGAAAGGCAGAAUAAUCAGUGAAAAUUUAAUCUAAAUGCGUCACUGAUGUGUUGUUUUCUGUGUACUUUCACCAAUUUAUAAUUAAAUCUUUCAAACAUUUAUAUCACAGGAAAUAACUUAAAUGUUGUUCUUAGCUGAGAUUUUUUUUUCUUACCUGCAAUUAUCUACAGAACAAUUAUAGUUAUGGUAUGCACUGGGGUAUCUGCAGCAAAAGAAGAGGAAUGAUAAAGAGUUUAAUUAAAGGGUAUACUGAUUGCUUUGUAUGUAAUAUAACAAAAAAAAAACUAUUUCUCCAUGUUACCAAUGUUUUAUGUUAUAAAGUAGUUAUGUAUCUAUGAAUUUCUACAAUGUUGAAAUGGAUUGAGACUACAGUGGCUGAGGGUAUAAAUGCCCUGCAAAUACAAACAUUAUUACAAAGUUAAUUUAAUAACUCUCCUCCCUUAAAAUAAGGUUUAACUUUAGCAGAUGAUUAUCAGGUAAUGCAAUGAUACAUUUUAAAGAUUUUGUUACCUUUUUUUUUUAUCUCCUUUGGAUUACAGAACAAUACUGCAGAGGUCAACCAUUUAAUAUAUCCCCCUCCACAACUGGCACUAAAUGUGGCAACAAAAAAAAGCAUACCUCCAUAUAGAAUGACCCUUUAUAAACAAGAACAGCAUAUUUCUCGUUAUUGAUAGAGGAGAAUAAGAAUAAUCGUAGAUUUCUUUUCAAUAUAGUUGCCAAACUCACCCAGAGCCAUAGCUCUGUUGAACCGUCCAUCCCUCCUGGUCUUAGCAGUAAUGAUUGUAUGGAAUUCUUUAUAAAUAGGAUUGAUUGUAUUAAAAAUAAGAUCAUUGGGACCCCUCUAACUAUGAUUGGUUUAUCUAUGGAAGGUAUAGCAACUUCUAUGUUAGAUCCAGUUCAAACCAAGUUGUUUAAGAAAGUAUUACUUUUGAUUUCCAAUUAUUAUAUACUGUAGAUAUUAUUAAUCUAUCCCUAAUAAAGGCUUUUAAAGGUAGCUGUAAAACAUUUACUUUAGAAACCUCACGAUCGAAAUGAUUUGAUUAUUAAUAUGUCAUAUCGAAAACUUUUAAGUUAAGAGCUGCCAAUCAAGUGUGUGCCCACUUACACCAUAAUGGACUUUUUGAAGAGUUUCAAUCUGGCCUUAUACAGCUCAUAAUAGCACUGAAACCGCUUUGGUGCAAGUCACUAAUGAUAUUCUCAUGACCUCAAACAAUGGACUUUUAUCUGUACUUGUCCUGUUAGAUCUCAGUGGUGCAUUUAAUACGGUUGGUCAUCACAUUCCUAUGGAAAGGCUUGAACAUUUUGUUAGAAUUGGGAGAACUAUGGUCUGAAUUGUCUUUGUAAAGGGCCUUGAGCUUUGUGUUGUGAAUUUGUGCUAUAUAAAUAAACUGAAUUUAAUUGAAUUGAACAGCACUAGGCUGCUUUGAAUUUUAUUCAUCUGACAGACUACUUUGUUUAGGUUAAUGAUAAAUCUUCCUUAUUAUCUAGGCUUACCUGUGGAGUACCACAGGGAUCAGUGCUAGGACUAAAUUUAUUUUCUAUAUAUAUGCUCUCAAUUGGUGAAAUUAUCUAACAGCAGGUAUUUUAUUAAUUUGUUAUGCU